UAAAGAGAGCUCAAGAAAGCGCAGUGACACAGUUGAAGAGCAUUAAAACGCAUUUGAAUUGUAGCUUGUCUGCGAGUGAAGAAUCAAGACGAGGCUUCUUAAAGGAGAUCAGCAGGUCACCAUCAAGUCAGCAAUGAGCAACCAAACAGCAGGAGAGUGUCAUGUCCCUCCAGCAGAGUACCAGGUCUACUUGUUCCCAGCCGUCUACAUCUUUGCCCUGGUCUUUGGUCUCCCUGGAAACCUGGCUGCCAUCUAUGUGUUCACCCUCAGGGUCAACCCCCGCACCGCCUUCAGCGUGUACAUCAGCAACCUGGCCCUGGCAGAUGUCGUCAUCCUGUGCACGCUUCCCUUCCGGGUCCACUACCACCUCAAUGGGAAUGACUGGGUGUUUGGCGACGUCGCCUGCCGAAUCACGGGGAUCCUUUUCUAUGCUAACACCUACAUGAGCAUUUGUUUCAUGACGUGCAUCUGUGUGGACCGCUAUAUAGCCACAGUGCAUUUACAUGCUUAUUUGAAGCUGAAGAGGCUGCGGUACUCACUGCUCACCAGCGGCAUCCUCUGGGGCAUCGCAGGAGUGGCCGUGGUGGUCUUCAUACUCAUGGGACCUCUGCAGACAAACGGUACCAAAUCAGGGAGCCACAGCUGCUUCGAGAAUUUCGCCGCCCAUGAAUGGAGCUCGCGUCUGUUGCCCUACAGCGUCCUGAGCCUUAUCUUCUGCUGCCUACUGCCCUCUGCCAUCAUCCUGGUGUGCUACCCGCUGGCUGCCAGGCGCAUUUCCAGGAUCCACACCAAGACGGCCGGGCGAGCUUUGAGGGUCAUCUACACCAUCCUGGCCAUCACACUGAUUUGCUUCCUACCCAACCACGUCGUGUAUCUGCUACACUUGCUUCGUCGCAUGGGGGUCAUCCAGAGGUGCCCGCUGGCCAACGGCAUCUAUAACGCCAGGCGGGUCACCAUGGCCCUCGUCAUCCUCAACACAUGCCUGGACCCUCUGCUCUACUACGUUACCACCAGUCACUGCACAUGUAAGGCCCUAAAGAGGACUUGGUAUAGAGUCCGGAGGCGUCGAGCUGUUUAUACUAUCACAGUGCGGAAAGACGGUGCAGUCAGUGGUAGCUCGCACGGUCAUCACCGUAUUAUUUUCCUUGAAGACAAUAAAAAAUAUUGAAAUAAAA